AAACUGCUCACGGUGGUCUGUCGGAGUUGUACAAGUGCAAGACUUUUACACUGGUUUGACAAAUGGCGUCUAAAAUGGUUUUAGCGUUUAUUGCUGUAGCGUGUCUGGUAUUCUGUGAGGUCGCUGCCCGAGAGGGUGAAGGGGGUGGCAGAAGUGGGCAUGAGGAGAAAGAGAGGCAGAGGUGCCCCUCUCGCUGCCCUAAAAUCUUGAGACCUGUGUGUGGCAGUGACGGGGUGACCUACAACAACGAAUGUCUCCUACAGGCGGCCAACUGCGGCAGGUCAAGGAGAAACAGGGUCAAGGUGACCUCAUCUGGACCCUGUCAGGCCCCAGCUGGUGGACUGGGUAAUGCAGCAAAUGAUGCACCAACGGAUGCGCCAACGAAUGCACCAACAAAUGCACCAACGAAUGCACCGACUAACGCAUCGACUAAUGCAGCAACUGAUGCACCAACCGAUGCACCAACCGAUGCACCAACUGAAGCAGCAACAACUCAAGCUCCCACUAGCCCGUGAGGGGAUGCACCAUAUCCCCACAACUGCUUCAGAUUAAAAAAAUGUAAUAAUCAAUUCUAAACUAUCUAGCUCACUUAUUUGUUGAAAUUAGUUUCAGAAAAAUAAAACGUACGCAAAAUUUAAAAUAUUUUCUAUAACCUUCUAUAACCUUCCUUACAUAGAAUGAUGACAAUAGACAACGAUUAAGCUUCCUUCUUCAAUCGCAACCCCUUCAGAUAAAAACAAAAUCAAUUUUAAAAAAUGUGAUAUUCAAUACUGAAAUGAUACAUAUUUAUUCAAACUAUUGUCUGAAAUAAAACUACAA